GGGACGUUCGAAGAGGCAAAAUAGGGUUAACAAUGAGAGUGAUAGGCUUUCUGCUAUUGCUCGCUGUAGCGAUAUCUUCCGAACAAUUCUAUCCCGAAGUCUCUAUCACUGGGGAGUCGGGACUGAGGCUGGGACUUGUCGAUAAGGACGGCAUAUCUCAUGUAAUCUACACAGUCCGCGCCAAAAAUGGAGAGAGGAUUUACCGAGUGGAGGACAAGAAUGAUGACGAUAUAUGGGAGUUGGUGGAUAUUGAUGCCAACGCUCAGACUGGAGACCUAAUAGAAUACAAGACUUCUGUUUUGUUUCACAACGAAUGGAUCGACUCUGAAUGGACCAAAGUUAUCCUUAUCCCCAGAGAUCUGAUGAUUCCCAGAAAGAGCAAGAGGUCAUACACAGUAUUUAGAGACGAUUUCAAUUCCUUCAACAAAGAUUCUUACACAACAGAAGUCAGCUCAUGGGGAGGCGGUAAUGGGGAGUUCCAGGUCUACACGCCGGAGUACAAUAACCUGCACACAGCGAAUGGAUAUUUGUACAUGAAACCGACGUUAACCGUCGACCAUCCAUCGUUUGACAAUGGUAAAUUGUACAAUGGAAGAAUGGACUGCAAUGGUCUUUGGCAUGCAUGCACAAAUGGAGUGAACUGGGGUUGUGACAGAACGGCUUUCGGACAGGAAAUUCUCCCGCCGAUUAUGUCGGGCAAAUUGACAUCACACGCCGCUAUCAAAUAUGGAAGAGUGAACGUUCGUGCGAGAAUCCCAAAAGGAGAUUGGAUUUGGCCAGCUAUAUGGAUGUUGUCACGUGAUCGUCAUUACGGAGGUUGGCCUAGAUCUGGUGAAAUCGACAUUAUGGAAUCCAAGGGAAAUAUUCGAGCAGUGGAAGGUGGUUCUAACCAUGGAGUAAGUUACAUUGCCUCCACGUUACACUGGGGUCCAGAUUCUAACCACAACGCCUGGUACCUCACCCACAACGGAAAACAUGCCAAUGGUGGAGACUGGCACGGAUGGCAUACCUACUCAGUGGAUUAUACAGAUCGCCAUAUCAUAACAUAUGUUGACAAUCAGGAAAUUUUGCGUGUUGAUACACCACACCAGGGCUACUGGAAUUGGGCUCAUUUCUCAGGAAACAACAUCUGGGGAAGUCACCAUAACGCACCAUUUGAUCAAUAUUUCCAUCUUCUGUUGAACGUGGCAGUAGGGGGUGGUUAUUUCGGUGACAACGCCCAAUAUAACACACCCAAACCCUGGCAUGGCGGUUCCUCUCACCCAAUGAGGGACUUCUGGGAGCAUAAGGGUGACUGGUUACCCACAUGGCACGGUGACGAUGUGGCUAUGUUGAUUGACUAUGUAGAAAUGAUUCAGUACUAGUAAUUCUGUUCAUGUGUAGGAUAUUAAUAUAUAUGAAUUAUGAU